CAUUAUAAAGUCAUAAACUUUCACAAGAGAAAAAAAACACACACAAACACACUAUUUCCCUCUCAUUUAUAAUAAGAUGUCGAAGGAAAGUUACGGAGUCUGCUGGUGUUUCCGGCGGAAGUUCAAGCUUGGCACCGCGGAACCACCGCAAGAGAUCAAAGAGUUGUUUGAAGUUUACUCGGAAAACGGAAUCAUGAGUACUGAUAAUUUAGUGAAGUUCAUGACGGAAGUUCAGGGAGAAGACGAGAUCACCGGCGAACACGUCGAAUCCAUAAUGGAGGAAGCAAAUCACAAACACCGCCACCUUCAUCUCCACCACCGGAAAACUAUGACUCUGGAAACUUUCUUCCGCUAUCUAAUCAGCGACACCAACUCUCCGCUCCUUCCUCCCAGGGUACAUCAUGACAUGACAGCCCCCGUGUCACACUAUUACAUAUAUACCGGCCACAAUUCAUAUCUAACAGGAAAUCAACUGAGCAGCAAUUGCAGCGAUGCCCCAAUCAUAGAUGCUCUGCACAGAGGUGUGAGAGUGAUUGAACUGGAUAUGUGGCCUAAUUCUACCAAAGAUAAUGUCCACAUUCUGCAUGGAGGGACACUGACGACGCCUGUGGAACUACUGAAAUGUCUGAAAUCUAUCAAAGAACAUGCUUUUGUGGCAUCCGAAUAUCCUGUCGUACUAACCCUAGAAGAUCAUCUUACUCCUAAACUUCAAGCUGUAGUUGCCAAGAUGGUCACUGAGACAUUUGGAGAUUUACUGUUUACAUCCAAGUCAGAAAGCUUUCCAGAGUUUCCUUCCCCCGAAUCAUUGAAGAAAAAAAUUAUUAUUUCAACCAAACCUCCAAAGGAGUAUCUUGCGAGUGAUAGUGUGAAAGUUGCACAAAGUGAUAUUCAGAAGGGUGAUAAUUCUUUCGAGGAAAAGGGCUGGGGAACAGAAGUUUCGGAUAUGAAAUCAGAAUUUGAAGGCUUUGAUAGGCAGAAGUAUGAAGUAGAGGAUGCAGAAAGUCCCUUGGAGGAUGAUCCCAAAGAUAGGAAUGCCAACACGAAGCAAAAUGCUGAUCCUGAGUAUAAACAUUUGAUUGCAAUCCGUGCAAGGAAGCGAAAAGGAGGAAUCAAGGAUUGGUUUCAUGACGAUCCUUCUUCAGCCACAAGGAUCAGUUUGAGGGAACACAAUUUGGAACAUGCUGUUAUAAAUCAUGGAGCAGAUGUUAUCCGGUUUACUCGAAGAAAUCUGCUUAGAAUAUUUCCAAAAGGUUCACGGGUUGAUUCAUCGAAUUACAAUCCACUAAUCGGAUGGAUGCAUGGAACACAAAUGGUUGCAUUCAACAUGCAGGGGCACGGGAGACCACUUUGGCUGAUGCAGGGCUUGUUUCGAGCCAAUGGCGGGUGUGGUUAUGUGAAAAAACCAGAAAUUCUACUGAAGGAUGGUCCAGACAAUGAGGUUUUUGACCCCAAGAAGAAAUUACAAGUAAAACAAACUCUGAAGGUUAAGAUAUUCAUGGGAGAAGGCUGGCAUUUAGACUUCAAGCGCACUCACUUUGACCUAUAUUCACCACCAGAUUUCUAUGUGAAGAUAGGAAUUGCCGGGGUUCCUGCUGAUUCAGUUAUGAAGAAAACAAAGAUAAUAGAAGACAAUUGGAUACCAACAUGGAAUGAGGAGUUUGAGUUUCCCUUAACAGUUCCGGAAUUGGCACUGCUUCGAAUAGAAGUACAUGAGUAUGACAUGUCAGAGAAGGAUGAUUUUGGAGGGCAGACAUGUCUACCUAUGUCAGAGUUGAAAACAGGAAUUCGAGCCGUUGCUCUUCAUGACGAGAAAGGGGACAAAUACAAAUCUGUGAAGCUACUCGCCCGUUUUGAAUACGUUUGAUAUGAAUCCUCCAUUAACAUUAUUUGUGUUUCUUGUGAUAAGUCUUCCGCAACAUUUUUUGUGUGUUCUUGAGUGCAUUUUUAUGGUUUCUAUAUUCUUCUGAUUCUCAAUAGCACUGUGAAUCGGAACUACAAUGCAUAUACUCUAUGAACUGUGAGUGAUAAAUAAACUGAAUGAGCAUACUCUGGCUUGCUCACUCUUAAUGGCUCAGAAUGCCGAUUUUUUUUUAA